AUGGACUCGGCGAUCGAUUUGUCUGACGCAUCGAAGGCCUUGGAUCUAUCUAACAUUCGCUUUCAGCUAGUAGCGAGUUCAAUUUCCGCUGAACCAGACAAUAUACACUCCGGGGGGGUAAGACUCCCUGGAAGUGAUUUGAGCCUCUUUGAUUGGAUCCUGCGAGAACAAGAGGCUUUACAUUCGCUCGUGCGUCGCUAUGAGUCGCCAGAUGAAUAUCCUUUCUUCCCGGAUGCAUUGAACAAACCAAUUCUUCAGCCACUGAAUUAUCCGAAGAUCCUUCAUCCCAACGAUGUCAAUGUUUCGGCUGCGAUCAAGCGUAAGUACAUUGAAGUCAUCUUACCCCGUGCCUGUCCAGACUUUGGCCGCGAGGAUCGAGGGGAGCAACAGGAGAAUUAUGGCUCGACGGCGACCAUCGAUGUGUCUUUGUUGCAAGCUUUGUCGAGACGAAUCCAUUUCGGGAAAUUCGUUGCAGAAUCGAAAUUCCAAGCCGAGACUGAAAGGUUUGUGCAACUUGUCAAAGCAGAAGAUCGGAAGGGUAUUGAUGAAGCCAUCACGAAUGCCAAAGUCGAGAAGAAGGUCCUAGAGCGCCUGCGGCUAAAAGCAAGAACGUAUGGCAAGGACCCGAGUAUUGAGGCAAAUGAUCAUGGUAAGAUAAAUGUUGAUGCCGUCGUGUCCAUGUACGAGGUUGGUUUGCCAGGCGCUCACACAUCGUUUGAAACUGAAAACUUUCAGGAAACUGUGAUUCCGCUCACGAAGGAAGUCGAAGUCGAGUAUCUUAUGCAGCGCUUGAUAGGCACAGAGUGGGAGUGA